AAUUCAAAAUAAAAUCAUUUCAAAUAAAACAACCAAAGACGCUUUCUGUAAAAAUGUCGCAACUGUUGUUGGAUUUACUCAAGGAAAAACAAUUGGAAAAUAAUAAAAUAUUAAAUACUUUUUAUAGGAUAUCUUUUAUGACGGGCGUUAAAAUUAAAUAUAAAACACAAUUUAAAGAUCCUGUGAAACUCAUUAACCUAUUUCUGAUAUCCGUUUCACUGGUUGGCCUGUGUGCUCAAUAUUGUUUGGUGUGGAACAAACGCAAGGAGCCUUUUGUGGAAUCGGCCGAUGCCAUAUGCACGGCUAAUCAAGCUUGGAUUUCAAUUUUUAAAUUAAUCUAUUUGGUAUUUGUUCAACACAAAUUCUAUGAACUGUUGCACACAGCUAUAAAUGGUAGCCUCCUCUAUGAUUUGGGCAUAUUCGACUUGGCCAUUGAUUGCAAACAAUAUUUGCUGCAGGAAAUUAAUACAAUUCUUGACCGUUCUUGGCGUCACAUCAAAUACCAGGUGAAUUUCUUUACAUUUUCCUGCAUGAUGGCCUGCGGGUUUUAUAUGUUUUCCUGCAUAGCUGCCAAUUAUUACUACACAAACAUACAACCGCAAAAUUUCACUUUGCAGCUGCCAAUGCCAGCUCUAUUCCCAAUGUGGCAUGAUUAUGGCAUGACAUGGCCCUACUAUCCCAUUCAGUAUUUUAUAGCGGGCAUUGAGAAUUAUAUUUGUGGAAUGUGUGCUGUAUGCUUUGACGGAAUUUUCAUAGUAAUCGUUGUUCACUGUGCUUCUCUGUUUGAGAUAUUGCACAUGCUACUGGAACAUGUCGAUGAUAUUCCCCAAAGCGAAAGAGUUGAUUAUUUACUAUGCUGUGCAAGGCUGCAUGUUCGAAUUUACAAUUAUUAUGCUAAGAUCAAUGGCAUGUAUAAGAACCCAAGUUUGGCCCAGUGUGUUCUGAGUAUGUUAGUUCUGUGUGUGGUUAUGUUUAUGGCCAGCAUCGGCUUGGAAGAGGAUAUUACUCUAUUCGUUAAAAUGUUGUGUUUUCUGUGUGCUGCAGGACUUCAAAUAGCCAUAUAUUGCUAUAAUGGGCAGAAAAUAAUAACGCAGAGCGAAAAAUCUCCAGACGCUUGGUACAACUGUUGUUGGUACAAUGAAUCGAAACAAUUUAAAUAUAUUAUUGACAUGAUGAUUAUGAGAACUAAUCGGACAUUAUACUUACAAGUAUCUGGCUUUACAACAAUGUCGCAUAUGACACUUUUAUCGAUCGUACAAACUAGUGGCUCAUACUUUUUGUUGUUGAAAAAUCUAAACGGAAUAGAUUAAUUGUUGUAAAUACAUGGUCGGUUCCAAAAUUGCAAAAAUGAAGAAAAAAGUGCAACGAUAAGAAAUGUUCCCUUUGUGAUAUCGAAAAAAAUUGCAAAACUAGUGCAUAUUCUGGAUCAGAGCAACAGAAUAGGUCUGAAAUAUGAAAAAUAUAAUCGGUCUAUGUUGUUGAACUACACUGAAUAUUUUAUUAAUUGUACACACGAUAAUAUAUAUAGAAAUCACCUUACGUUUAUUAGACAGAAGCACCAUAUACACUCAAAUUCAUUUGAUAUGCCCAAACAUCUUCACUUGGAUAAGGUCAAUAUAAAAAAAUCUUUACAAAUAAAUAUUUUGUGCACGCUA